UAGUGAGUGUUUUUCUUAGUUGAUUUUUCUUUUUCAGUUUUUCUCUUUCUUUUUCUUCUCUUCUGAGAAAUUUAUUUCAACUACUUCUUCUUCUGCUGUGUUUCCUUUAUAGACUAAAUCAAUACCGUAUUGGUUGUUAUUCAACUAUUCAACGUUAGUUAUACGCUUGCUGUUACGAAAUCAAGUUCCCCAGUGGAAAAGUUUGAUAGCCGCCCACUACACAAAUGGUUAAGCUCGAAGACCCUAACGGGUCAUCCAAUGAUAAGAAUAAGCCAAAAGCUUUUACUAUAAAGUAUAAAAGACCAAGGGGCCUGAGAGCCUGUGUUGUUUGUCGCCAGCGUAAAGUACGUUGUAAUAUUGAUACUAAUGUUCCUUGUCUUAAUUGUGUUACUUUUGGAUGUGAAUGUAUCUUACCGGAACCAAAGAAAAGAGGUAAUGCUUCUGGUAAAUCGAAAAAUAAAAAACAAAAAACAGAAUCUGAUAUAAAGAAUGAAUCAAAUAAUGAAUUGAAAAUUGAUCAUUCAAAUGAAAAUAGUAAACUGGAAUCUCCCAAAAUCCCCGAUACCGUUAAAAAGGAUAAUAAUACAACCAUUACUUCUACCAGUGAACCAGUGCUUAAUAUUUCUCAAGAAAGUGUCCCUCCAUCUUUAACUUCAAAUUAUAAAACAAGACCUUCAAUCCAUAAAUCAAGAGUUAAUUCAAUAAAUUCAAAACCAAACUUGACCUUUUUAGGUUCUUCUUCAAUAAGUCUUGUUGCCCAAAAAGUUGGCCAAAAUCACAUUUCUUUAGCUGAAGAUAUUUUUGACGUCACUGAAAGCUCUUUGGAUCUGGUUGAAUUGGAAAUUUUAAAAUUAAGAGGGGCCUUUUUAUUACCUUCAAAAGAUUUAGCUACAAAUUUAGUUAAUUCGUAUUUUGAACAUGUCCAUCCUUUAAUGCCAGUUAUUAAUCGAACAGAAUUCAUGUCUAAAUUUAAUGAUCCAAAAGAUAAUCCUUCGUUAAUGCUAUUACAAGCAGUUUUAUUAUGUGGUUGUAGAGUUUCUCAAAACCCCUUGGUGUUGGAUUCAAAAGGUUCAAAUAAUUUAGCUUGUUUAACUUUUUUCAGAAGAGCAAAAGCUUUAUAUGAAACUAAUUAUGAAAGUGAUCCAGUCUCAAUCAUUCAAACAGUUAUUUUGAUUGGUUCUUAUUGGGAAGGCCCUGAAGAUGUUACUCGUAACUCGUUUUAUUGGACAAGAGUAGCAGUUAGUUUAGCUCAAGGUUUUGGUUUCCAAAGAGAUAUUAAUAACGCUCCUGAUUUAUCUUCAAGUGAAAAAAAAAUUUGGAGAAGAAUUUGGUGGUGUCUUUUUGAAAAAGAUCGUAAUGUUGCAAUUGCUUUUGGUAGACCAAAUGUAAUUGAUUUAAAUGAUUGUGAUGUUCCAAUGUUAACUUUAGAUGAUUUUAAUGAAGAUGAUCCUGAAUUAGGAAUUGUUUCUCCUUAUCCAGUUAAUGAAACUCAAGCACUUUAUUUUAUUCAUUUAGUUAAAUUAGCAGAAAUUACUGGAAUUAUUAUUAAACAUCAAUAUACUGUUAAAUCUGAACUGAUGAAAAGAAAAAAUAAAUUUUCAAUUAUUCAACAUUGUGAUAUGUUAAUGGGUAUUUGGUUUACUAAUUUACCUCCUCAAUUAGUUUUUUCAUUAACUGAUAGUUCCACUCAAAAUUUUUAUAGUUCAUUAUUGAAUGCCCAAUAUUACAAUCGAUUAUAUUUAAUUCAUCGAGCCAAUUUAUUAAGAAUGGCAAGAUCUUCUUCAAAUAAUCCAAAUAAUUAUAAAUAUCCUUCUUGGGGUAUUAGUUUCCAAGCUGCUAGAAUGAUUUCAAUUGUUCUGAAAAUUUUAUUAGAUCGAGGCCAAUUAAUUUAUUGUCCAGCAAUGUUUGUUUAUAUUUUAUUUAGUGCUUUAAUGAUGUUAAUUUAUCAUGUCGAUUCUCCAAAUCAAAUUAUUGCUUCAACUGCUUCAGACUCUUUAUUUAUUUCAAGAGCAGUCAUGAAAGAAUUAACUGUUUAUUGGCCAAUUGCAAGGAUUUUAAUGAGAUUGUUUGAUAAAUAUGCAAAUGAUAAAUUUAAAAGAGCAAAAGUUAUUGAAAAUGGUAAUAGAAUUGCGGAAUUAGAAGAAUUAAACGCAAAUAAAAAUUCUUUUAAAUCAAAUGAUAAUUUAAAUCAAUUCUACAAUAAAGAUUUAAAAUCCAAAAGUGAAGUUGCUUCCACCAAUUAUGAUCCUUCUAAAGAUUAUAAUUCUCCAAAUGCAAUUUCUCCAAAUACUAAAAAUAUUACAAAUGGUAAUACAAAUGAACAUUCUCAUUCUGAAAAUAAUCAAAGACCUUUAUAUAAACGUACAAGAAGUAAAUCAAAAAAUCAAAAAGAGAAAAAAACAAAAUCGAGUGAUACUUCCCCUUCUUCCACUAAUUCAUUCCCAGAUAUUUCCCUUGUCACUGAAAGUAUUCCAGCAAAUCAAAAUUUCUUUGAUAAUUUCGAACCAACUCAAUUGUUCCCAAACGUUAAUUUUAGUAUUCCUCCAACAAGAUCUCAAUCCCCUGCUUUAAAUCAAUCUACAAACUUGAACCAAAAUGAAACAAAUGAUAUAAUUGAUGCCGCUAAUGAAUCUAUAGCUGCCGAAAAUAAUAACCAAUCUAAUACUAAUCCUCUCACUUUUGGUAAUAACCUAAUGGGUACAACGGCAAAUGUCCCUUCAACCCCUGGUGAAGCCUUUAAUACAAAUUUCAUUGACGCUUCCUUCAUCAAUAUGAAUAUGCCUCCUUUAAACGAAGGUAGUGUCACUGACGAUGUAUCAUCCUUAUUCAACUUUCAAAUUUAAAUGCCCCCGACCAAAGAACUCUUAUGACUUGCUACGCUGAAGGUAUCUUUAUGAUAUAGAUUAUCUCUCAACUGUGUACAUGUAUAUAUAGUAUAAUACGAUUUGUUUU